CGCACAAUAGGCCGUCCUUGUUCGAAAGCGUCCAACAUUAACUCGUCUAAUAAAUGACAUCGAGGUGUGUGAAUUUUGUGUACUCGAUGACCCGAUUUUAUCGUCGUGAUGAAGAUCGGUGCAAGUGCUGAGGACCCAGCAACAGUCGCAAUGGAUGAUGUUAAGCAAACGGAAUAUGAAACGGACCUUGGCCAAGCGGAUUGCUGUGCGGAAUCCCACCGUAAGGAAACGAAGGAGAAGAAAAAAAAAGGGAACGACCUUGGUGACCUCCGAAAGAAUGCUGGAAAGAGGCCGACCACGGCAUUCCAAUGAAAAACGAACGAACGCAACAAGAAAAUCUAGAGAGGGGGAGAAAGAAAGAAACAAAAAAUUCAAGGAAGACAAACUUUUCGAAAUAAAAAGAAGGAAAAAAAAACGACCGUGUUGGCUGGAACGUCCUUGCUCCAGGCUAUGCAUUCUUGAACUUCUCUCUUUCUGCUGGUUAUUUUUCGUUUCUUUCGACCGAAGCUUCGGGACCACAACAACCACCUCACCAGUCCCGCAUGCCCAACAAUCCACGACCGCCCUUCGCUCAUAAGAGGCAACGGCCAACGUUGGCCAGCAAUCAUUCGUUGGCCGACCAGCGUUCAGUCCACAUCCACUACCGACUCUCUACAAUUCCUCAUUUUUACAAUUUUCACGUUGCCAGUCUCGUGUUACGAUUUGCGUUUUCAUCACCAACUCUCCCAACACACACAAAAAACGGAAAAUGUCUCGCUGGUGUUGCUGCUCUUUGUUUGUCAUCGUCUCCUUGUUACUUGUGAGUCAACCACAACAAACUGAUGGUGCAGCUAUUCCUAUUUGGGAGCUGCUCAAACACGAAGAAAAGAUGGGCAGACUAUUCUACGUUUUCGUUCAUCUCGUCGAACAAUAUUGCAAAACUUCAGACAUCCCUGAUUGCCCCAAGGUUCUGACGCUCUACGGCAUGUCUAAUUUGGUCAGCGAGAGCGAACACUCGCUAGAUCUCAUGGACCCUUACCAACGCGACGCCAAAACUAUCGUGUGGGAAAAGAUUAUGCGCGGUGAAUUCAAAUUGCCAACGAAACUGACGAGUGGGAAACCGAUGAAGACUCCAUUGAAAUCGUCUGUUGCCAUCAACAAUGAGGUCUACUCGUCGCCUUACGAGAUCCGCGUUCGUCCACCUGCCACCUUCAUCGCCCCACCUGUGGCUUCAUCAUCACCCAGUGAUAAUAAACAACAGCCGGAGCAAAAUAAACCAUCGUCUUCAUUAGAUCUUUCUGGCAACUCUGACGAAGACGACACGUCAUCUAAGCUGACAAUUAUACGUUUUGGUCGCUCUUUAGCCUCACCGUCGAAUAACGAUAACUCACCUGUGCCUCUCCUCUCAGAAGAAGACGCAGAAACCUUGAACCAGCUGUUCGCCUAAACUCGACAGGGUGUAUCCAUUUUACUUGUUAAUAAUUCUUAUUUGUUGCUUCAUGAGACUAAGUUAAAACUUCGUGUUACGUUACUCUUGUUUAACUGUAACGUAGCAAUCGAGGUUGACAUUGCCAUCUAGUCAAUUUUCCUUUUUUACGUUUAUGUGUCUUGUUUUCUAUUUGUUAAGUAUAGAAAUUCAAAGUAAUUUGCAAAUGAUUGUGACUUACACAGAAAUGUCUGUCACAUCUUUUUAUCACAUCAACUGAAAUCCCAGAGGCUUUUUCGUAAGUGACUAUUAUCAUAUUCUAUUGUAUUUCUCCAAGAAACAUUUUCUUAUUCGAUGAUACAUUUGUUGUUCUAAACAUUCUCUUUGUUUCAUUCAAAACAAAGAGAAAUGUUUUAUUCCACCGGAUAGUUCUGUAAAUAAAAAGACGACAGACUUGUAUUUGAAAUAUUCCAAUUGCCUUUUUGUCGG